CGGGAGUGCAGGUUUGACGCGACUAACGAUCAAAAAGAUCCUCAAAGAGCCUCUUUCCUUGGAGAGGAAAAGAUUGGCAAGAGGAUUGUGGAGCUUUGGCUCAACCUCUCACAAAUCAAAAAAUCAAAAACACAAACAACAACACAACAACACAAACAGAAAAGCAAAACACUACCAUGAAGCUUCCCACGCAGCGCCUCCUCAGCGACAAGACCUUUUUUAUUGAAUUCCAAGGCUACCUUUCGAACCAUGGCAAGCACGCCAUUGUGGCCUUGGACAAGUUGGAAGCCAAGCCCGAACGGAUCCAAGGCUAUUGGGAUAUGUACACCAAGCUGACUCCGUACAGUUUGGAAAUCGAAAAGGUUCCCACUCCUUGGGAUCAGGUCGCACCCAUUGCUGGUCUCGACGAAUGGAAGGCAUUGCGUGGCAAAAAGGAAAAAUGGCAAGAAAUGUGUGUCUAUUUGGAACAAGAACGCGCGAAAAAGAAUGACAGUAUGGAGGAACUUGUACGCUCGUAUGCACCCGAUCUGAUGGGAGGCAUUGUGGGAGCGUUGACACACGGCAUUAUUCACUUUGGAUGGGGACUGGAUGCUGGCAACGACUGGAUGACUACCGAAGGAUUGGCCUAUCUCAAUUUUUGCCAUGUCGGUGUGGACGAAUCCAAAUUCCAGGUGGAUGCCGUGAACGACGCGUCUCCCAUGGCAUCCAUGCUCCGUAUUGCCGAGGAAUAUGAAACGAAAAAUCUCAGAGAAACCUGGAUUGAACCCGUCAAAGCCAAAUACGACAAGACAUUCCAUCCCGAAUUGGUCAAGGCUGGAUUUCAAUGGGAAUUGGCCAAAGUAUUGUCGGAACCUCACAAGGUAGCCACGGAUCUGCCGACAUGGAUUACCAAGGCCACAUCCUCGGAACAACUCUGGAAAGAUUUGUAUCAGACUUGCACAUGGAUCUACUUGGCCACCAAGACCGCUCAAGGCAAUGGUAACUUUGUGAUUUUGCAUUCCUUGACGAGUCUGUGGGCAUUGGAGAAGGUGUGCCGUGUCAUGAACGAUCCUGCCGUGGAACGUCGCGCCGUGAUGCAGUUUUACAGCAGUCUGGUCUGUUUGUUGGCGACGAGUAAUGCUGGAUUCCCGAAGAAGGAAGCAUUGGAGAAAAUUCAAGUAGAGAUUCCCUUGACCAAGCACGACGACAAGGAUAGCUUUGAUUGGUCUCCUGCAGUGGCGGCAGCCUAUGAAGAGAUUGAAGAACACAACAUCAAGUUGGUGUACGUGAUGCGUUCCUUGUGGUCUCGUUACAAUGAAUGGCACGGAUUCUCGGAAGCGGCUCGUACAUUCGUGUUGACACCCCAAAUUGGACCUGUCCAAACGGAGUUCAAGGCUUAAAAUACAAUCAAACAAUCAAUCAAGCAGAUUCGAUUCUGCCAGGAUGGCAUCAAUGUGUCAACAAUACGCAUGGAAACGAACGAAUGAACGAACGAACGAACUAGCUAGACGGCUUGAACUGUAAAAAUGACACGACCAAGAAUAAAAAGUACAAAUCUAAACUAAUCAGGAUCUGAUCAAAGCUACCGUAGCACAUACCGGUAGCAAACGUAGAUCUGAUAUCUAAAACCUGACAUGUAUGCAUG